GCCUUGGACGAGCUGAGCGGUGGAGGACGAUCUGCUGCGCAAUCUUAGGCUCCACGUCGCUCGUCCAUGUCGUCGUCCGCGCCUCUCUGUUUUCUUUUCCUCUCUCUCUCUCUCUCUCUCUGCUGAACCGUCUUUCGGUGUUUCUCUGUGCUCACGCUCGUUUCUGCUGACCCUACCCCGAACCACGCAGCAUCCAGCCCAUUUGGAUGCGCUUCCCUCACAGAGUCAUUUUACAACAUGAGCCCUCGACAGCCGCAUCUUCAAACCCUCAAACGGCCUAACGGAUAGCGACAUUUUGGCACCGACUGCGGCUUUGCCCGCUCUACGUCUCGACCAUGGCUAUGCCAUUUAAUCAAGAGUCGUGGGUAUGGUAUACUGUUGCUGUCAUGAUGAUCGCUGCGAGGCUUACCUCUCGGAAAAUGUUAUUUCGCUCGCUAAAAGGCUAUCAAAUCGACGACUGGAUCAUGGGAUUCUUCGUCACCGUAUGCUACACCGUCCUAAUCGUUCUGUCCAACAAGUGGCUCAAAAUGCAGUCCAACCUUGUUCCACCGAGUUUCGAUUUCAGCACCCUUACCGCGGAUGAACUCUCUCGACGUAGGCUCGGGAGCAAAUAUGUAAUAGUCGUGGAACAGACGCAGAUCGCCGUCAUCUGGUCGUGCAAAGCAUGUCUACUUAUCAUGUACUACCGGCUCACGCGUACGGCACUUCGCAACGAGAACGUGGCAAUCAAGCUCCUCUCCGCCUACGUGGCACUCAGCUUCGUCAUCAUGGAGAUCCUAUACUUCGCCGCCUGGUGUCGCCCGUUCUCUGAGUACUUUGCCGUCCCAACCAGAUCCAAGCAAUGUAAUGCUCUGGUGCAUCACCGCAUCUUCAAGGCCGUCUUCAACAUUUCCUCAGACUUGAUAAUGCUUGUCAUUGCCCUCCAGAUGCUCAUUCGCUCCUUGCUACCGUUAAAGAGGAAGCUGAUCCUGUGCGGCAUCUUCUCCUUGGGCAUAUUCGUCGUGGCGGCGAGUAUACUGAACAGCUACUACUCAUUCAAGAACCCAUACCGCUCGACGUGGAUAUAUUGGUAUGUCCGCGAGUCAUCGACGGCAAUAUUAGUCGCCAAUCUACCGUUUACCUGGACGCUACUCCGGAAGACAUUCGAGUUGGGCGACUUCGACGAAACCCAUCCGCCGCCAUGGACCUACCAUUCUGCUCGUACGGCGGGCGGACGAAAAACAGCCCAUCUGAUGCAACAGAGCAGCAGUACCAGGGGAGUCAUCGUAGGCAAGCGUCCAUCACCUACCGACAGCAACGGAAGCAAAGGCACCACCUCCAUGUCUCUAACAGGCAACUCAAGCACGGCCAAAGGCCACGCAAGUUCCUCUGUGAACAGUCCGCCGAGCUCACGGUAUGAAACGGGGCUACUCCAAGAAGCGAUCCGCCCCCACGAUUUCGCACCCGCUUCAUUCUCACCACUUGCCACCGACGACCUUACCGACAUGGAUUGCGAACAAGGUCUUGUCCUAGACAACUUCAAUUCUUCUUCACCACCGAAGAUCACACAAGACGGCACGGGCGGUUUCUACAUGAACAACCGGCCCAUCUCCCCUCCCCCGCGCGCAUACCUCGUCGCGUCGUCCAAUCGCUCGCGCGAACCGAGUAUAGCGAGCCUAGAUAGGAGACCAAUAAGUCCGUCACCGAGCCACAGUAGUUCGGCAGUGGGUGGCAACGGUCGGCCAGUAAGUGCGUCGAGUAUUGGAGGCACCGGCACAGCGGGAGGGGGAAGGAGUGCACGAGAUAGAAGGACGAGGACAAAGAUAAGUCGAGAUUCGCACUGAUGUUGUUUUACUUUUUUCCUACUAGGCGUAUUCCAGGGC